AUGGCUGUGCUGAAGUGCUGUCUGGGUCUUGUGGCCCUGCUGGUGGUCUCUGCUUGGGCUGAGCAGGAGGCUCUGCCUGCCUCUGAGCGGAUUCACAGGGUCAACAGAGAUAUUGUUCGCACUGCUGAUGAGCCCUACAUAGAGGAUGAUGUUGCCUAUGAUUCGGAUGCUGAGAGAAAUGCGGACCCCUGCACCAGUUAUAGCUGCAUGUGGCCAAAGUCUGCUGAUGGCAAGGUCCAUGUGCCCUUCGUCAUUUCCAGCCAGUUCUCCGCUCGUGAGGUGUCCAUCAUCGAGCGUGGUCUGUUCUCCUUCCACAGUGUCUCCUGCAUCCGCUUUGUCAAACGCUCCAACCAGAGAGACUAUCUGAACAUCCAGUCCCUCAAUGGGUGCUACUCCUACAUUGGUCGCCGUGGCAAUGGACAGAAUCUGUCUCUGCAGCGUUCAGGCUGUGUUUACCACGACACUGUCCAGCAUGAAUUACUCCACGCCCUGGGCUUCCAUCAUGAGCACAAACGUUCUGACCGUGAUCAAUACGUUCGCAUCUUGAGAGGAAACAUCUCCCCUGGAAAGGAGCACAACUUUGACAAAAUUUCUACUCUGAACCAGGGCACCUCCUAUGACUACGGCUCUGUUAUGCAUUACUCAAGGUAUGCCUUCUCCAGCAACGGUCAGCCCACCAUCGAGGCCAUCCCCAACCCCAACGUUGAGUUUGGUACGGCCACUGAGAUGAGCCGCAAUGACAUCGUCAGGCUCAACAGGCUGUAUCAGUGUUAA